GCUAGGUUGAUAUAAAUCGAUGUGAAGAGGGCUGGGUUUGGCCACUUUUCCUUGCAACGCAGGCUCGGUCGGUUUUAGCGACAGUCUAGGCCCAAGUCCUAUCCUCUUUCUGGUCACUGGAAAACUCUUUCCCGGAGAGGAAGAAUGAUGGGUCAAGCUCAAAGCCAGGUCUCCGCAGAUCAAACUCAGAGCCAGUAUUCAUCGUUAGUCGCACCACAUAAUUAUCAGCAACCUACUCCUAUAGGAUCUCUUAUUGCAGAAGCAGCAGCAUAUGGCAGUGAUGGCAGUGAUGAGACUGAGUCUCUUGAUGCAAAAGCUCGAAAAGCAUUAGAAUGCCCAUGCAUAGCUGACUUGCGUAACAGCCCAUGUGGGCUUCAGUUUUCAGAUGCGUUUCUUUGUUUUCUCAAAAGUACUGCCGAGGAAAAGGGUUCAGACUGCGUGCAUCCUUUUGUGGCUUUGCAGAAUUGUAUGAAAGCUAACCCCGAUGCAUUUUCCAAGGACGUUUUAGAAGAGGAAGUGAAGAAAGGUGAAGAGCCAGCCCAAGAAUACAAAAUUAUCCCGCCUCUGUGGUCACGGGAAUCUCCAAGCCCAAAUUCCAAGCUUUAAAAGACAUAAUGAGAAAUUCUGAUUCCAACUUUCAAUCUGUUGAUGACUCUACAUAUUGAAUGAAGAUUCAUAGAUGUGAAAAAGUUCAAGAAGAUGGUUUAUUUUUGUAGUUUAGAAUUUGGAUUCUGAAACACAAUCUGAAGGGAACUGAGAAAGAGCAUUGUACUUGUUUUUAUAAUUUUGGAUUCUUAUCUGGGAAUGGUAAGCUGGAACCUGAUGCUGUUUUUGAGGUUAUGUGAAGAAGGUUUUGUUGUGGGAAGGAUUGGGGAAAAACAUACAUGGACCCUGUUUAUUAUUCCUAACUUAUUUCCAUUUUCUUGUUAUUUCAGAAAUAGAUAGAAAUGGAACUUAAAGUGCUUUUGGUCA